UGACUGAUUCCUCACAGAAAAGUGUCGUUGAUCCUACCGUGUUUCAUUUGCGAGACUGCGAACAACGUCCGUCCCUUGUCAUAUUGUCUGGCUACGAUAUCAGCAUCGGCUUCUAACAUCGGCAUCUAGCAUCACCGCCAUAACCACACGAUGCCAUCCUAUGAAAUAUUGCGAAUACGGUAUAUAAAAAGUAUAUCUCCUUCUUCAGCAUUGACCCUCCCCCUCCUCUUGGCAGCUUAACCGCGGCCGCCACGCCACGGCGCAUCUCGGAACUCUACAUCCCACUACUUUUCCGACAACGGGGUCCCCAAAAUUCCGAAUAUCCCCCAUCACGCAAUUCUCGAAACGGUUUUAAAAUUCAAUUCAGGGGGGACUUAAGGCAUCUUAUCUCCAGGUGUCAAUUGCCUGCUAUGCUAGACGAGACGCCUUCGGGAUGGUACCCGGGGGAUCAUCAGUAUGUACCGGGACCGCAUAUAUUUAUCCCGAUCAGAUGAUGAGUAAGAGGAAGAUGGGGUAACAACGCCCAGAUUUGGGAUUACGACGUCUGAGAGGGGUCGUCGAUCGUCUAUCCUAUCAUUUUAUGUUUUGCUUACCCCUCGAUAUAAGUUGCAAUGCGGACGUUGAGCCGAUGUUGGGCUACACAGUAUCAGACAUUUCUAGAAGCCUCUACUGUAAAAGCAAUUAUCGUCUUCAGCUCUCACUUGUCUUUCCAGAUUCAGGUAUUAUCUAUCUUAUCGGUGAGUUAUCAGUGGGCACGGCCACGGAAUCGGCUUCCGAUGACCGUCGGCCGGACCCUGGGCCAGGCCCCGACUGUCCCUGAACCAUGGCCCAUUCCCCGCAAAACGCCAUCGCGACAGUUAGACACACAGUGAAAGACAAUGGUGAUAACUCGGCAUCUCGGUCUCGACGCUUACGCUUACGCCGAUUAUGGCUGCAUACAGUCAAAAUUACCGUCUGAUACAUGUCGUUUUGCGGGGGAUCAGAGUACAUAACUCAACACAGGCGCCUGUGGCUGUCUAUCGUAAAUCUUGUUGUAUAUAAAGUCUUGAUCCAUCCCAUUCCCCUCAGCUCUUCUUUUUUUCCCCUUCGCAAUGGCUUCAUCCUCUCAUCGAAACAUCAUCUCCAAGAACAAAACUCCCAUCGCCGUCGCCGCCGCCUUAGUAUCAGCUGCCGCAGUAAUCACUUCCAUCUACCGCUCAGUAACCACCUCCAAGAUGUCUCACAAUCUCCACCCCAGCCUCAAGAACGGCAUCACCAAGGGCUCGCCCAACUUCUCCGGUGGCAAGCUCCGCUGCAAGUGCUCCUCCAACCCUGUCGAGGUCACCCUUAGCGGCCAGGUCGCUCACAACCACGCCUGCGGAUGCUCCAAGUGCUGGAAGCCCGAGGGUGCUCUCUUCUCCAUCGUCGCUGUCAUUCCCCGUGACCAGGUCCAGGUCACUGCCAACGGUGACAAGCUCACUAUUGUCGACAAGAGCGCUGCUAUCCAGCGAAACGCCUGCCGUGACUGCGGUGUCCACCUGUUCGGACGCAUUGAGAACGAUCACCCCUUCAAGGGUCUCGACUUUGUCCACGUCGAGCUCUCUGAUGACAAGGGUUGGCAAGAGCCUCAAUUCGCCGCCUUUGUCUCUUCCAUCAUUGAGCAGGGCUUCCCUGCUGACAAGGCCAACGAGGUUCGACAGCAGUUCAAGGAUCUUGGCCUCGAGUCCUACGAUGCUCUGUCUCCCCCUCUGAUGGACGCCAUCGCCUCUUGGACCGCCGCCAAGUCCAAGAUCUGAGGACUUCAAUUUCAUAUAUGCCCCAACGUUUGGGGUCCAUGUUACAAAAGUUUUGAGAAAUGGUUAGCGGGGUGUUGAGGUCCGGUGGUUGUUGUUUAAAUAAGAAUGUAUAGGUAGUGUCUGGGACAGAACGAGAUGAACGGAGUUGGGUGUGCAGUUGGAUAGGAUGACACGGGAAACGUGCGCCUACGAAUGAUAUGAAAGGAAGAGAGACUCAAAGAUAGCUCUAUCAAUCCGAAUUCAUGACUUGACGAACCUUU